GAUCGCGGUAGUGUACAUAUGUUAGAUAUAACCAAACAAUUAUAUGCGUUUCGUUACCAUUGAUACAGAGUAAUAAUAUAUAUUGAAUAUGAAUAUGUGAAAAAUAGGAAAAAAAUGUGGUUUUUGUCGUUACAAAAAUCAUUGGAUAUACAUUUCAUAAUAACCUCGGAAAACGUUGACCACUUUUUGAGAUGAGACUUCCACUUCGAGUUUGCAGGCUCUGCAUAACUGUCUUACGAUCAUUUAGCAAUGGAAUCCUAAAACGAACGCCACUUUAUGAUUUUCAUAUCUCACAAAAAGCCAAAAUGAUUGAUUUCUGCAAUUUUUCCAUGCCCUUACACUACGCAGACCAAAGUAUCAUUGAUAGUCAUCAGUUUGUACGUCAACAUUGCGGUCUUUUUGAUGUUUCCCAUAUGUUGCAGGCAAGUUAUUUUACUUAUAUUCAUUUACAACAGAUGCAAGUUUCUGGAAAGGAUAGAGUAAGCUUCUUAGAAUCCCUCACUUGUGCGGAUAUUGAGGAAUUGCCUAUUUCAUCUGGAACUCUCUCUGUAUUUUUGUUGAAUAGUGGCGGAAUACUAGAUGAUACCAUCAUAAUGAAAUGCAAAGAACCUUAUUUAUAUAUCGUUUCAAAUGCAGCAUGUUCAUCAAAGAUUAUAGCUCAUGUUACAGAAAUGAUGACUAAAGGCGUAAAUGAUGGUAAAGAAAUAAAUAUUAAAGUUCUUAACCAUUCUCUCCUAGCACUGCAAGGGCCAGAUGCAUAUUCAGUUCUCCGUGCAGGUAUCUCAUCUUCUGAUAUACAAAACUUUGAAAAUCUCUUUUUUAUGGAAAGUAUGCUCAUUGAUUCAUUAUACGGUUUAAAUACUCCUGAUAGUGACAUUCGUUUAACACGUUGCGGAUACACAGGCGAAGAUGGUUACGAAAUCAGUGUCCCAUCAGAAAUAGCCAUCCCGAUUGCUGAGGCUCUGGUAAGGAACUCUUCUGUAAAACCUAUUGGAUUAGCUGCUCGUGAUACCUUGAGAUUAGAAGCUGGCUUGUGUUUAUAUGGAAGCGACAUAUCGGAGGAAACAACUCCAGUCGAAGCUUCUCUAUCAUGGCUUAUUUGUAAGUUUUAAAUCAUUGAUAUUCCAAGCGUUCUACUUCAUUUUGGGCUUCCGGGCAGUAUCUCAGCCGACACAAACUAAAAGAUGACCAAAACUAGAAAUGUAUUCGUCCUUUAAAUCUCAUUUUCGUAAACCAUACUCAAAACUAUUUAAUAGUCGCCUUUACAUUGGGUCACUUGUUAGUUCCUUUAUCUCCACUUUGUAUAUUCCUUUAUUCUUAACUUCAUACAGAAGCUUGUCUAUGAUGAAAAUCCUGUUCUAUCUAAACGAUAUCAAGUCACUGACUGGUCGAAGGUUGAAUUCUUUCAUUGAGUAUGAAUUCCGAACCAGCCUUUUUAAAACCAUGUAUACCAUUCGAACUGGCCUCCAGCGUUCGCACACUAAUACAAAUCGGACAACACAGGGUUAGCUAUGUCUUUAGAAAUUCUUAAGAUCGAUGUAUUUUGUCUAUCCGAGACCUGUUUUCAAGACUAUAGUGAAGUACUGCAAAUUCUCUCUUCAUCUGUCGCUUUGAAAAGCUUGUUUCGCGUGCGUCCAUCCAGGGACGCUGUGAUAUUUUUGUCCGGUUUCGCUAGUGUUGGUGUUUCACCAGGCGUUAGAGCUGAGGUGGUACAAAUACGCUGGAUCUCUAUUACGUGUUGUUAGAUGAGAAAUUUCCACCAAAGUGCGAAGAAAUCGUCAUCUCCUCUUGCACCACGACAAAUUUCAGUCUGGAUGUGAUCAAGAACGGGUUCUACCAUCAGUUGAGUGUUCUUUUGCAGGAAGUGCGUCCGACAGAUAUUGUAGCACUAGCCGGAGACGUGGAUGCUCAGGUUGGGCAUCUAGGCACAAUGGAGAGUCGGUAGAGUGACCAAUGAGGACUUGUUAGUCGCAUGUCAGAUACCGGUAACCACCUACUGCAACUUUGCCCAGACUAUAGCCUGUUUCUGGCUAGCACUAACUACCAGCAUAGUCAUCGCCGAUGUGCCAUCUGGCAUCCUCCCUCUGCAUUCCAAGCCUGGUUUCAGAUUGAUCAUACUGCGAUUAGCUAAAGCUGGCGUGGUUGCCUCUCCUUUCGGAGUACUUAUCUGGACUCUGAUCAUCCCCUUGUUUGCGCUAAUUUUAAUUUUCUCAAUGGCCAACAAAUUCAUCGUUCUAAACAGAUUAAUGUCAGUAAAUUGGUUGCAGCUUCUGUUGCAACUAAAUAUCAAACCGAGCUAGGUUCAAGGCUAGCUACCAUCCCACCGAAAAGUAUAGAUGAGCAUUGGUUGCAAUUGCAUGACGCCAUGAAAAUGGAGAGUAAAGUCGCUUGCGGCUUCACGAGACGUCUCGCUUGUGAGCACUGGGUUCCUGAAGGCUUCUUACAAGCCGUUGAAACAUGUCGAUCUAAUCCAGGUAUGACCAUGAGCGGAGAUCGUUACGUAAUGAAAUUGUGCAAUGUUUGCGUAAGGACUGAGAAGCCUGGUAGUCGAGCGUGCUAACGAUUUGGAAGAGGCUGCUACAUCUGAUAACCAUCGAAAUCUCUUUCAAACAAUCUGUCAAGCUGAUGAGACGCCAUUUAAUAACGUCUACCGACAUCCCUCCGGUUUCUUCAAAACCCGAGAAAGAUUGACUGGCGAGGAUCAAGCUGAUUUUAGUUCUGGCCGAAAAUGUGUUGAUCGUGUCUCCUUCCUCCGCCAAAUGUUAACACACUUCUAUGCUUUUUUCAAGCUAUCAAUCGUGUUUCUUGACAUCACGGCUGCCCUCUAAUUGUUGGAAAGGACUGUACUGUGGGAUUGUCUAUUGAAGAAGGGUGUGCCUGAGAAGUUUAUUAACACCCUAAAAGCUUACCAUUCAAACAUUUCAGGCAGAGUAAGGGCGUACAUCCACCCCUCUUCAAUUAUCUCGUACGAACAGUGGGAUUAAGCAGGGUUGCUCAAUCUCACCAUUCACCUUCAACUUUGCUUUCGAUGACUUUCUGGAAUUAGCUCUGAUGGAUGUGGGGCAUGAUGGUGUAGAUCUGUUACCUGGAGAAGUACUUUUCACCCUCGAGUUUGCGGAUGAUAUCGUCCUAAUGUGCAAUGAUAUCCACUUAAUCAGCUACCAAUCAGUGUCCGUAGGUAUGGAAUGUCCUUUACGCCCCCAAAUGCCCUGGUACGGUCGAAAGUGGGGAGAGUCCACUCUC